GCAGGCUGCUUUGUUUUGAAGCGCGCGAGUGCGUCAGGAUGAGGCACGUGCGACGGGAGCUUCACCUGUCGCUCACAGUUUGUAUUUUACUGUGGAGUUCCUCAGGAGCGCAACGUGUCAACAAAGUGACCCCAAAAAUUGGAGGCCUCAAUGGCGGCACGAGACUCACCAUAGAGGGGCAAGGUAUUACAAAUAAAUAAAAAAUCAAUAUGCUUUUAAAUUAAUCCCAAAAUUCAGAUUUUUUUAAAAAUCAGAAUCAGUUUAAAGUCUCUUAUAGCGUUUUUUCUCCCCCCCCAAACUUCGGCAACAGUGUGACGCUGGUGUCGCGAACCAGAUCUGUUCCCUGUGAUGUCGAGAAAGACUCCAGUCACUCCAAUCAGAUCAUGUGUUAUACAAGAGCUCUGCCAGAAGAUGACUAUGAGGUGCGGGUCAGCGUGGAUGGCGUGCCAAUUCCUCCCAGUAGAAUUUGUAAUGGAUAUCAGUGGUAUUACUGGUGCAUGUUUUAUAGCCGAACAUACUAUACACCUAGCAUUCAAAGUAUCAGUCCACUCUCAGGUCCCCCAGGGACUGUGGUGACACUGCGGGGAAGAAUCUACACUGAUGUGUACGGAAGCAACACAGACAAAAGCUCAAAUGGUCUGGAUGCAAGAUUUUUAAGAGCGUACAUGGGAGGCAUGCCUUGUGAACUUCUAAAACCCAAUUCAGAUGAAAAGUAUGGCCUCUUUUUGGAUUAUGAGAGCAGUCAAUGGGGAUAUAUGAGCUGUAAAAUGACUGGAACGUAUGUUGGUCAUCACAACCUCAGUUACAUUAUCGACGGUCAAUUUGGGAGGAGUUUGCCAGACUUUGGGGUUUUCAGCAUCUCAGCACUGAACAAGCUUGCCAUGUUCCAGACAUACGCAGAUGUGACAGGAGUUUCUCCCUCUGAGGGCAGCAUAUUGGGCGGCACAUUACUGACCAUUCAGGGACAUUACUUUGAUGAGACUGACCAACGAGCCAUGGUGUUAGUAGGAGGUCGUGAGUGUCAGAUUCAGAAGAUAUCAAAUGAGAGGAUUGUCUGCAUAACACCUGGUUAUGAAAAAAACAAUAUGACAGUGUUUCCUGGUGGCAGAGGUUUUAAAAUGGAGAUGUGGAACAGUUCUUCUCCAAACCUUCUUGAGGACGUCCUGAAGUAUAAUUCCAGUAGGCCUGGAUAUUCCUUCCAGUGGGUGGAUUCACUGUCGUUUGUUUGGCCCAAUGAAAUGGAUAACUUUGUGGCACGAUUGAGUGGUUUCUUUGUUCCAACGGAGACCGACAACUACUAUUUCCGAAUCAAAGCAGACGACCGAUGCCAGCUAUAUUUCAGCAAGACAGGUCUUCCCCAGGAUAAGGUUAAGAUUGCAUCACAGCCUUCAUAUACAAGCAGUUUUUUCAGCUAUAACACUCAGAGGUCAGACGUCAUGCGCUUAGAGAAGGGAAAACCGUACUACAUUGAGAUUCUAGUGCAGGAGUAUGGAGUAGCAGCAUCAGUGGAUGUGGCCUUUUUCAAAGAGAUCAGCCCUUUCACAGCCCAGCAGACAAUUGAAGCGGUUAAUGAGAGACAAAAGAUUAACGCAUACUAUGAUAUAGUACCUGAAAAACAGGUGGUUCGUUUCAUGGGGUGGAUGCCAGUAACCCCCAUCAACGAGGUGCAGACUCUGAGAAUCAACAGUGAUUGUUUCUCUCUGAGCAACUGUGAAAACACAUACUACUUCCUGGCAUAUGGAGAUCUUAAAACAGGACCGAUCCCAGUUAGUGCAUCAGCGAUGGAGUUGCAGAACGCUCUGAAUGAUUUGUGGACAAUUAAACCAGACAGCGUUACAGUCACAAAGCUAGAACUGGACAAUGAGUCACUGUACAAUGUGACAUUCAACUCUAACAGAGGUGAACUUAAAACAAUAUUUUUUUUAAAAUCAAGAUUCUUUGACUGA